AUGCAGGCCUUCCGCCGUAGCACUGCCUCUGCCCUUAGGAAUGCUGCCGCUGUGCAGCAACGGGGAUAUGCCAAUGCCCCGGCCUACGCUGAGACCAUUAACAACCUUCGCAUAAAUGCGGAUACCAAGGUUAUUUUCCAGGGCUUCACUGGCAAGCAGGGAACUUUCCACGCUGAGCAAGCCAUUGCCUACGGCACCAAGGUCGUUGGUGGUACCAACCCCAAGAAGGCCGGCUCGACACACCUUGACAGACCCGUUUUCGCAAAUGUGCGCGACGCCGUGAAGGAGACCGGAGCUACUGCUUCUGCUAUCUUCGUCCCCCCUCCCCUCGCUGCUAAGGGUAUUGAAGAAGCAAUUGAAGCCGAAGUUCCUUUGGCUGUUUGUAUCACUGAAGGAAUUCCUCAGCAUGAUAUGGUUCGUAUCACCGAUAUCUUGAAGACGCAGAACAAGACUCGUCUAGUCGGACCCAACUGCCCCGGUAUCAUUGCUCCCGGCCAAUGCAAGAUUGGUAUCAUGCCUGGGUUCAUCCACAAGCGUGGCCGUGUCGGUAUUGUUUCCCGUUCCGGUACCCUGACCUACGAGGCCGUCAACCAGACCACUCAGGCUGGACUCGGUCAGUCCCUCGUCGUUGGUAUCGGUGGCGAUCCUUUCUCCGGCACCAACUUCAUUGACUGCUUGAAGAUCUUCCUUGAGGACGAGGAGACUGAUGGUAUCAUCAUGAUCGGUGAGAUCGGUGGUAGCGCUGAGGAGGAUGCUGCCGAGUUCCUCAAGGCCAACAACAAGCACAACAAGCCCGCAGUUGGAUUCAUUGCCGGUAUCAGCGCUCCCCCAGGCCGUCGCAUGGGUCACGCUGGUGCCAUCGUUAGCGGCGGCAAAGGCGGUGCUGAUUCGAAGAUCUCUGCUCUUGAAGCUGCCGGUGUCAUUGUUGAGAGGAGCCCCGCUUCCCUUGGCAAGGCUCUGCUCAACGAGUUCGUGAAGCGGGAUCUGGUUUAA